UUAAUUGUUAUAUAUUAAAGUGAAUCUAGUUUUAUAUGUGUUAUGUAACAUAAAAUAUAAACAUUUAUUUGCCUUUUUAUAGUGUCAUAUAAAAUGAAGGAUAAAAAAGGAAAAAUCGAAUGCAAUGUCUCAAAGCAAGUUGUGAUUGUGAUGAGUACACAAAAAAGAAAGAUUUUAAUUUGUGUGCUUAUUGUGAUCAUGCACCAGUUUUACAUAAAUUAGAAGAUAGUUUUAAUCUUAUUGAAGAUGUUCAGUCAGUUGAUUUCACAAAGAGCAAUCCAAUGCAGAACACUUUAUCCACUUCUCCCAGUAUGUCUAGCAUGUUCUUUGAGCCUCAAAAUGAUGCAAAAGAAAAUGAAGAUGCUACACUUGAACCAGCUUUUUUAAAUGAAAGUGAAAAAGGCUUCAAUGUGUGCAGUAAUGAUUUCAUGAGCCCUUUGAAAAAGCAUUGUAUGUUUCCAGAUACAGUAUUGACUAAUAAAGUAAUUUCUACAUCGAAAACCAUUGUUCAUAAUAAAAGUUGUGCUCUCUUUGAGUCAGUUGAAGAUGCUGAGCAUUCAAUAGAAAACAUAAGAAUUCUUUAUAAUUAUAAUAAUCACACUUCAACCUUUUGUUUAUGCUGUACCACCAAACAUUGCUGUUGCUGUGUACAACAACCCUAGAUGGUCAUUUCAAACGCCUUUGAAAGCCAUGGAUUUUUCUUUUAAACUGAUUCAGGUGAGUCGAAUAUUGUUAUUGAUACAAUGUUUGUUACAUAUUGCAUGUUUGAAUUUAUAUAAAAUACUAGUAUUUUAGCGAGUAUUGCAUAUAGUUGCACUUUUAAAAAAAUGCUGAUGUGUGCUGAUUUUUUGCAUUACUUUUUGCGAAGUUAUUACAAAAUUCAUGCAAAUAAACGCUCUUGUGCUAAAAUAAUCUUAAAACAAUUGUAAAUAAACAAGUAUAAUUACUCUACGUAUGUGAUAAUUAUUUUACAAAGCAUAAUUUAUCAUAUGAAAUUUUUUUGAGAUUUGAAAAAGGUGAGGCAAAGUCUUAUACCUGCAAACGCACUUUACAAUGAGCCCUCAUU